UCCCUCGGGCGAAGUAAAUAUUGAAUUUCGAGCCCAGAGAGCCAUGGAGCUACCAACUGAAGUCAUGGAUGUACAACAGCCAGUUGAAACAGAAACUAAUCCUCGUGCCGAAGGGAUAUUCGCCGCUCAGUGCAUUUUAAAGAAGAGAACUCGAAAGGGCCAAGUGGAAUAUUUGGUCAAAUGGAAAGGCUGGUCUGCUAAGAAUAAUACUUGGGAACCGGCCGAGAAUAUACUCGACGGACGGCUGAUUCUGGCGUUCGAGAAUAGUCGUAGACGAAGAGGGAAAAGACCACGAUGGCAAAGGGGCAUUGCUACUGUCAAGCGAAGCAAAUCUGACACGGGGCCCGCUUACUCAACCAAAAGCAGCGAAAUGGGCUAUGAUUGGGAAUAUUCCACUCAAGGACGGUCAAAUCUACGAAGUGCUCGAGAUAGCGAAAGCAGUGACUCYACGUAUAGUUUUGAUGCAACUUCGGAUCUUGUAACUGAUGAAAACAACACGUCCAGUGCCAGUUCAUAUUCUUCCAUAUCUCCUGGACCUCCAAAUGAACAGGAAACAGCGGUAAAUAGCGACAUUUCUCAACCGCAUGGYAGAACUUCCCCAACGACGUCGAACGAGCGCGGCAAAGAUACUUGUAGYACCAAACCAGCUCCUCCGAAAAGCGAAAAAACAUCUUAUAAUAUUCGAGAUUUGUUGAAAAACACGUCUCCCGACCCGCCGAAACAACUUUUUAACUUAACAGACUCUUUCAACACGGAAAGYUCCACUAAGGUUGCCAGUGAAGGGUAUGAUGUUAUGAAUUCAAGCUCAACUCAGAGUAGAGACUUUUAUUUGCGGCCUAUAGCAGACGAAGUUGGGCCUGAAAAUCGUGCGGCAUUGCCGGGGGAUGGAGCGAUGCUUUACAACACUCCAAACAUCCAGUUCCGACACAAUAAAGAAACUUUUGCACGUAAUAUGUCCGAUUCGAACGGACAUAUGUACCAGCCUGUUGCAGAUAAGGCCCCUUCCUCGCUAAACAUGGGAAUCUUUACAGGAGAGAUUAAGGAAAACGCACUCUCAACGGGCAAAGCGAGCUACAAGUUSAUUGAUGACAGGACAGAGAAGGCAAGAGUUCCUCUACUUUCAAGCCGAGUUACAAGCGUUGGAUAUACACCAAGUCACACMAAGUCCAUCCAAGGUAAUAMUGAAGCKGAGAAAACGACCWCAGAAGGGCUAGCUUACUGGCGCAAGCCMCUGAUCGACCAGAUCGUCAUAACCGAUGUAACGGCAAACUUCGUCACCGUGACAGUCAAGGAGUGUUUAACGGAUAARGGGUUCUUCAARGCUAGACCUAGUGGGAUCGUCUAAACAUUGCCCUUUAAAUUGAAGGAAAUCCGGAGYUAUCCGUUUAAUGGAGAGAAUACAACGAAACAUCUACAAUCGCUUCCCGCAAAUUGUCGUUUUAAAAACUUGAAAUCGUCGRGUUUUGUCGACGGGCGCUGGUGUAGUCUAGUCUACCAGUUCUACCAGUUUUAUCCCMCAGUUACUGGUAUUGUAAAUUGAGAUGUAUUCCAAAAAACUGUAAUAUAUAGUUCAUGUGUUGAAUACAGAGAUUUCUUAGGCAGUUUUAGACACUGACAAGGCUCAGUUUUAUCAUAGUAGACGAAACGUAUGUAUACAACAGUAUUGUCAUUGAAAAGUGGCCUUCGGACGACAUGAACUUGUUGWAUAGCGAAAAUGCGGAAACUAUUGGUUCGUCGUCCUUCAUAACAUAAUAUAUUAUCGACGAAGAAAAAAAACGUAAGUUAUAACAAAAUAGUAGAUUUUAAUUCUUGUAAAAACCAGGUGAAUUGAGUUGGGGUCUAUAGUAAGAUGGUAUUUUAUAUUUUAAGUCGUCUUUUUAGAUGAAUAUUACAUUGUGUAGAAUCAACGCGGAAGUAAUWCUGAGUGAUGUGGCGUCUGGAACCGCCAAAUCAGUGUGCAAAUUUUAUAGAWUAUAUGAUGUUUUUGGUAGAUACURAAUUGUUUGACUAUAAUGUAGAAAUUUCAAGGGAAAUUUUCAAUGUGCUGUAUAGCUCACCGAACUCYCWACAGAGCCGGCAAUGGCAAUGCUAGCUACCUGUAUGGAUACGGUAAUAAUGAGUCGAAUUAGCAAAUGGUGUUUCGACAAACUACUUGGACAAUUAACCAUGUGUGAGAGCUAUUAUUGUGGUUCUCAAGUUAAAAACUUUGUAGCUGUAGUUGCAGGUGAACUUAGAAAAAGGCUAAUCCGAUGAUUACUCUAUCAUAUUUUUUUUGAAUUGUCAGUUGCGGAAAAUUUUCGAAAAAGCAAGUGUUAACAAGAAGGYUUAGCUUGAAAAAGAUUGCUAUUACAGAAUACAAUGAUUCAAAAAUCGUGUACAGAACAGUUGACUCGUCAUGUAUUUUUGUCAGUUCAGUCGUUGUAGCUUUGUAGUCUCUAGCAUAGAGUUUAACUUUUUAAAAGGGGAAAAAUACUUAUUUUAAAAACACUGAAUAAGAACUGCUCCUAAUGGCAGUUACUUCUUUCUGAUACAAGAAUUAGUUCUCAAACGGCUUCUACAUUGGUCAAUAUAUCGUAAUUUAUUAAACUACUCCAGGCGUUUGGUUGUGAAGUUACAAGCAUGUAAUUUCCCUUUCUAUUGAGUUCCACACCGCAGUUUUAUUUUGUAAAACAAUGUAGGCCUUUUAGGCCAGUGAAACGUAUAAAACGUUUUUAUUAAUAAAGUCGUCAGUAACUGAG